CCCGCCCCGCCUCUGCGUGAAGGGGCGCGGCUGCGCGGCGUCGGCGGGUUGUCCUAGCGCCCCCCUUCCAGUCGGUGCGGUCCGGCGGGGACCUUGGGAGUCGUGGAGGAGCCCAGCUGCGGAGGCUGCAGGAGGACCCUGAUCUGCAUCUGCGGUUGCCAGGUAGGCGGGUGAGAGGCCCGACUUCCCGGAUUCUCCAGAGGCCGUCCCGUCGCCGCCGGCACGAUGCUGUCCCCUCAGAGGGCUUUACUCUGCAACCUCAACCACAUCCACCUCCAGCACGUCUCCCUGGGCUUGCACCUGUCCCGCCGUCCGGAGCUGCGGGAGGGGCCCUUGAGCACACCCCCUCCCCCCGGGGACACCGGGGGCAAGGAGAGCCGGGGGCCCUGCAGCGGGGCCCUGGUGGACGCCAAUUCCAACAGCCCAGCGGUGCCCUGCCGAUGCUGCCAGGAGCACGGGCCGGGCUUAGAAAACCGGCAGGACCCAGCCCGGGAGGAAGAGGGGGCCGCCUCCCCCUCGGACCCGGGCUGCUCCUCCUCUCUCAGCUCCUGCUCAGAUCUUAGUCCCGACGAGUCCCCCAUCUCGGUGUACUCGCGGGGCCCCCCGGGCGACGAGGAUGUCCACCCUCAGCCCAGCAUCGUCCCCCUGGAGCAGGGCUCCCCGCUGGGCUCCGUCGGCCCCGGAGCCUGCUCUCCGGACAGCUUCUGCUGCUCGCCCGAUUCCUGCUCGGGAGCUUCCUCCCCACCCGGCCCCGGCUUGGACUCCAACCGCAACGCCCUGACCACCUGCCAGGAGCCCCCUUCCCCGGCCCCGGAGGAGGAGGACGACGGUGGGGAGCUGGACCUCCCUGCCUCCGAGCUCCCGGAGGCGGAUGAUGACGGGAAAGCCGACGUUGGGAAAACCGAGCCCAGCUGGAAGAUCAACCCCAUUUGGAAGAUCGACACGGAGACGCCGGGCGCGGGCUGGAAAGCCGCGGAGAGCAGUGACUCCGGCUGCAGCACCGCUGGGGACUCGCGACCCGCAAAACUCGACUCGGGGUGGGCAGGCCGCACGGCAGUGACUGACGGCAGCUCCAAGACCGACGCGGGGUGGCGGAGUGACGUCAGCGAGGAGCCGGCGGCCCACCGGACAAUCACGUCCUUCCACGAGCUGGCCCAGAAGCGCAGGCGGGGCCCGGGGCUGCCCCUGGCGCCGCAGGUCAAGAAAGACCGCAGCGACUGGCUCAUCGUCUUCUCGCCCGACAGCGAGCUGCCCCCCAGCGGCUCGCUCGGCGGCUCCCCCGCGCCGCCCCGGGAAGUCACCACCUUCAAGGAGCUCCGCUCCCGCAGCCGGGCCCCGCCCCCGCCGGUGCCGCCCCGGGACCCCCCGGCCGGCUGGGCCUCGGUGCCGCCCCGGCCCCCGCCCCCGCCCGUGCCGCCGCGGAGGAGGAAGAACCGUCCGGGGCUGCAACCCAUCGCCGAGCGGCCGCCCGAGGAGGGCAGGGAGGGCAGCCCCGCGGCUGGCCAGGAGGCCCCCGCCGCCCGGGAGCCGGAGGAGCCGGGCGCGCAGGCCGGCGGUGCGGCCGGCCUCCCCCCGCCGCCCCCCGCCCCGCGGUCCGCGGCCGCCGCGCGCCCCCUGCUGGAGGGCGCGGGCGCGGCGGGGACCCCGCUCCCGGCGCUUCCCGCCGGCCCGCCUCGCGCGGAGCUGCGUCUGCUGGGCGCGCCGAGGCCCCCGCAGAAGCAGCUGCUGCCCGUCCGCCUGUCCCCCGUGGGCGCCCACUCGCCUCCGGCUCGGGGGGUCCUGCCCUGCCUGGCCAGCCCCGAGCUGGCACUGCUGCUGUCCCCGCUCUUUCCCAGAAGCAGCACCUUCCCCGCCGUGGCCCCCCCGCCCUGCCAGGUGCCCGCCCCCCCGCUACCACCGCCGCCGCGCCCGCCGAAGGCCCCCCGCCGGACCAGGAGCCCGCCGCCUCCGCCCAGGCUACCCCGGAGUUCCUGGUCGUUCGCCGGCGCCCCAGGGGCCCAGCGACGGUGGAUGGCAGAAGCCCAGAGCGGGACUGGCCAGCUGCAGGAGCAGAAGAAAGGGCUCCUGAUCGCCGUGAGCGCCUCGGUGGACAAGAUCAUCUCGCACUUCGGGGCCGCCCGGAACUUGGUUCAGAAGGCCCAGUUGGGGGAUAGCCGGCUGAGCCCGGACGUGGGUCACCUGGUGCUGACCACCCUCUGUCCGGCCCUGCACGCCCUGGUGGCCGACGGGCUGAAGCCCUUCCGGAAGGACCUCAUCACCGGGCAGCGCAGGAGCAGCCCCUGGAGCGUGGUCGAGGCGUCGGUGAAGCCAGGCGCCAGCAGCCGGGCGCUGGGGUCCCUGUACAGCCAGGUCAGCCGCCUGGCCCCGCUGAGCAGCAGCCGCAGCCGUUUUCACGCCUUCAUCCUGGGCCUCCUCAACACUAAGCAGUUGGAGCUGUGGUUUUCCAGCCUCCAGGAAGAUGCAGGCCUACUGUCGCUCCUGUACCUGCCCACCGGAUUCUUGUCCUUGGCUCGGGGCGGUUGCCCCGCCCUGUCCACGGAGCUGCUGCUCCUGCUGCAGCCGCUCUCGGUGCUCACCUUCCAUCUGGACCUGCUCUUUGAGCACCACCACCUGCCCCUGGGCCCGCCCCCUGCCGCCCGGCCCGGCUCGCCCCCCGCCCUGCAGCAGACGGUGCACGCCGUGCUGCACUGGGGGGGACGGCUGGCCCAGAGCCUUCGGGGGGGCGCGGGGGACACGCCUCCCGGCCCUCGGGCUCCCGCCGGCGCCCCCGCACCAGGCAGCUGGUGGGAGCAGCUGACCCAGGCCUCUCGCGUCUACGCCUCGGGGGGCAGCGAGGGCUUCCCUCUGCCCCGGUGGAGGACGUGGCGUCCUGGGCCGGCGGCCGGAGGCCCGCAGGCGAGGCCAGAGCCCACGGAGGACACGGCGCCCGGCCGAGGCCUGUGGCUGGGGAGGCUGUUCGGUGUGCCCGGGGGCCUGGCGGAACCGGACGGAGGACCCAUGAAGUCCAGGAGACCGUCCAGCUGGCUGCCCCCGACCGUGAGCGUGUUGGCUCUGGUGAAGCGGGGCGCACCUCCCGAGCCGCUGUCGCCUCCCGAGGAGGUCGAGGCCUCGGCUGCCAGCGUCGUGAAGACCCACAGAAGAGCUGCCCUGGGAGCCAGCCGUCAGGAGGAGCUGGACAGGAAUGCCCCGCAGAAGAGUAUUUGCAGAGUGCUGGGGGCAAGGCAGAGCACAGCAUUUCAGCAGGACCGGAGGCCCGGCUUCCCAGCGUCCACUCCGUGACGGGUAGGGUCACUC